GUGCAUCCUUGCGGAAGAUACAGACACAACACGGUCGUCUUCAUCCUAGCCAAAGAGUACAACUUGAAGAACUUGAGGACGAUCCACCGUUUGGACAGAUUGACCAGCGGAUUGCUGCUGUUCGGUAGGUCGCCGAAGAAGGCCAGACAGAUGGAGCAUCAGAUCAGGAAUAGACUGGUGCUGAAGGAGUACGUGUGCCGAGUCGAAGGAGAAUUCCCCAACGAAAUCAUCGAUUGCAAAGAACCCAUCGAAGUUGUGAGCUACAAGAUCGGAGUGUGCAAGGUGUCUCAGAAGGGCAAAGACUGCACGACGGUCUUCCAGAAACUUGGGUACAAUGGAAAGACGAGCAUAGUUCUAUGUAAACCAAAGACUGGACGCAUGCACCAGAUCAGAGUGCAUCUGCAAUAUUUAGGUUACCCGGUAGUCAAUGAUCCUUUGUACAAUCACGACGUGUUCGGACCUCUUAAAGGCAAAGGCGGCGAUCUGGGUGGAAAAUCCGACGAAGAGUUGGUCAGAGAUUUGAUUCAUAUACACAACGCGGAGAAUUGGUUAGGAAUGGACGGGGACAGCGAAUUGUCCAUGUUCAAUCACAGGAAGGGUGACCUUGAUGAAUCGUUAGUUUCAGCUUUAGUUCCCAAAGAUCGCGUCCUUAGCGACGACGACGGUGACAGGGUAUCCAGGGAGGCGUCUCCAUGCGACGAGAGUUGCGACGUUUCUACGAGCAUCGGUUGCGAUUCCUCAUCGUCGCCACCGCCGCCCGCGAUCGCCGCCCUUCCCCAUCCGAUGGCCCUUUCACCUUUGUCACGAGCCAACGACGCCAAAUGCACCGUCGCGACGCAGACCGGCCACGAGGCGCCCGACUUCAGCUUCAACACCGACAAGAUGACCGUCGACAAGCACUGCUACGAAUGUAAAGUCCGUUACAGGGAUCCGAAACCCCAAGAUCUGGUCAUGUACUUGCACGCUUGGAAGUACAAGGGUCCAGGAUGGGAAUACCAAACGGAACUUCCGGCCUGGGCGAGCGUCGACUGGGUGGACCCUGACAGCGCAUGAUGAUCCACGAAAAGUGAAGAGAAAAAUGCUUAACAUCUUCCAAAAGAAUCAAGAAGACAACAGCAACAACAACAA